ACGAAACUUCAACGCAAACGGUCGUUAGAAACGGAAGAAAAAUUUUAUAAAAAACGGUCAAACUGUGGUGCUUUGGAAAAUAACAGUUACUUUUUUCUUGGAAUGUGCAGAAUUUAAAAAAAGAUAAAAAACAACAACAAAAACCAAUAAUUUUUGGAUAUUUAAAAAAAUAUGUAAAAAUAAAGAUUUAAGAAAAAAAAUACAAAAUAAAUACUACAAAAGAAAAUUUCCUUUAAAAUUAGUUGUUUUCCAAAAAGUGCUCAUACGUUAAGGUGUGCUUCACUAAAAUAACUAUUAUAGUCAUAUUAAUCAUACGCAGUGACCACCACAGAGUACGUGUUCAAGUGGCAGUUUAAGAAUAAUUUUUUGUGUGUUAAAUAAACGUGUUUUAUUAAAUAAAAUCUUACAGCUACAUCCAGCUAACAAUAACAGCAGCAGAAGUAGCAGCAUCAUCAUCUCAUACAUCAUCAACAACAGUGGCAGCAGUUACAAUAACAUCAACAUCAUUUGCAGCAGCAGCACCAGUAACAACAUUGUCAUCAUCAGUAUAUAACUAAAUAACAUUUUAAUUUUGGUUAUUUUUUCCAUUUUUAUUAUAAUUUCUUGAGAAAGAGGAAUUAAUUCGUUAAAUAACAAUAAAUAUAACAAAACGUUAAAGGAAAAAAUAAAUGCUUGAAAGCUUUUUUAUGUAAAAAAAAGAAAGAAGAAAAUUAAACAAAUUUUUUAAAGUGCUGCUUAACGUGUGUGUGUGUUUUUUUUUCUUGUGAAAAUAUUUAAAUUUCCUUAAAAUUUGUAAAGAAGUAGAGGUUUCAAUUUACUUGUUAUAUAAAACUCAAGAACUAUGAUUCAAUAGUGUUUAACUUAAAUCACUUACACCCUCACACACACAUACAUACACACAUCUUUAAGUACUCAUUCCCAACUCAAGUACACACUUGACAAUUACCAAAGUCUUCGAUUAUUUUUCCUGGCCAUAGGAGCAAAAUAAAAAAAACAUACAUACAUUCAUAUGUUUUAUGUAUCUUCUACUGUACGAACAAUUGUUAAGUUCCACCAACUCCAACCAAGCAAAACCGACAACUUUAUGUUUUGUUUCUUUUGAAGAGAACACGCAGACAAAAGUAGAAACUUUACAGUGAAAUCUCAACUAAAUAAGAAAAUAAAAUCUAAAUAAAACCAAAGUAAAGGAAAAAUUAACUGAAAAGAUUUGCUACAACAAUUAACAGCUGUAGCCUGCUCUCGAGGAGGGAGUAGGAGGAACAAAGAAGACUUUUUUUCCAAGGCAACAACUAGAAAAACAAAUAUAAAACAACUUUUUCUAGGAAGUAAGAGGGAAGAUGUUAAACAGAGAAAAAGUAGAAGCUAAACAAAAAUUUUCAUUUGAAUAAAUAAUAACACUUAAGGCAACAACAAAAACAACCACUAUAGCAACGAUAAUAAUAACAACUAAACAAAAAAAUCUCUGAAAGAGACUAAAAACCAACUGUAGUACCUUUAACAACAUCAACAACAACUAAGAACACACAACAGCAAAUAAAGAGCAAAUAGAAGCAAAAACAAAUAAUGGGAAACGGAAAUAAAAUAAAGACAAAUUGAACAAGGAAGUUAAAGUUCAAUUGUGGAGAGACUAAUACUACUUAAGGCAAAUGUUAGCAGCUGAGAGUAUAACAACAAAAAUUGUGUUAAAGAAAAAAUAAUUACAAAAGAUGAUGGUGAAAAAUGUCAAUUAGACUUUAAGCCAUAUAACCCAGUACCAAAUUUCUAUAAAGUACUAGAGGUUACAGGAGGGUUACAGCUGCUAAAGCAAAUAUACAAACUUAAACGAAGCAAAAACUUUAACAAAACAAGGACUUAACCUCAAUUAUAACAUUUAAGGAAAAGUAGAAGAGGAAGCUAGAAAAAUAGAAAACAAUGAGCGCCUUAAAUGCAACACCCGCCUCCGAACUGGUCACAGCCACUUGGUCUGCCUUAGUGGCGCAACGUGCCAAUACCACCGAACCGUUUACAGCCACCAGAGUUAUUUACCAACCGCCGCCACCUUAUUUAACGACUGAAUACAAUACCAUGACUUAUUCCACAAAUGCCCCACUACCGGAAACAGAGGGAGAUGACAUUAUUAAUAAUAAGUUGGUGCAAAUAUUCUUUUGCAUUCUUUACUCAACGGUCUUUGUUUUGGGUGUCUUUGGCAAUGUAUUGGUGUGUUAUGUAGUGCUGCGCAACAAGGCCAUGCAGACAGUGACAAAUAUCUUCAUAACAAAUCUGGCUUUAUCCGAUAUAUUACUAUGCGUUUUGGCUGUGCCGUUUACGCCUCUAUACACGUUUAUGGGUAGAUGGGCCUUUGGCCGUACCCUGUGUCAUUUAGUGCCCUUUGCUCAGGGUUGUAGCAUCUACAUAUCUACUCUUACGCUUACAUCCAUAGCCAUAGAUCGCUAUUUUGUGAUAAUAUAUCCUUUUCAUCCACGCAUGAAACUUUCCACCUGUAUUGGUAUAAUCAUUAGCAUAUGGGUGAUAUCUUUGCUGGCCACUUUGCCGUAUGGC